GUUUUCCGUUUCGUUCUGUGUUACUUGUCUUACUUAACGUUUUCUCUCCCAAUCACCACUGGAUUUUGCGUUGCUAUUGUCCUUUCCCUAGUCCUGAGAACGAGGGAUUUUGAUGUUACUGCCGUGACAUCACACUACUUUUUUCCUCCACUAGUAACUACGAUGGCAGCAAUAAAAACUUCUUGGGCAGACGACGUUGACGAGCUCGAUCAACAAAAAACCGAAUCGGUCGAUGAGAAUGGCAUUCGGACUGUCGUUGAGUUCACCGUGAAUGACGCUGGCAAAAAGGUUAAAAUCACCCGUAAAUUCAAAAGAACUUUGCAAAAGUCCGUCGUCGACCAUCAAGUCGCAGAGAGGGCAAAAUGGGCAAAGUUCGGUGCUGAGAAAGGGAAACCCCGCGGUCCUGAUACAGCUACAACGACUGUCGGAGAAAAUGUGACCCUCGUGCUUACCGCAGGAAACAACGUUCAUGAACAAGAGCAAGUAGAGAAGAAGCCUGUCAAGACAACGACUGGAAAGGUGGUCUGUCGGUUAUGUCAAGGAGAACAUUUUACUGCGAAAUGUCCCUACAAAGGAAGGCUCACUACUGGGGAUGAACUCGCUCGCGACGAGGACACAAUGCCGCCGCCUGAAACUGACGCUGCUCCCGCUCCGUCAACGUCAACCGGAAAAUAUGUUCCUCCAUCCAUGCGUGGUGGGCCACGCCAGGGAGAGUCUAUGCGUACAGGAAACAGAGACGACCUCCCUACUCUCCGCGUUACCAAUAUCUCAGAAGACACGCAGGAAAGCGACCUGAGGGAACUCUUUGGCAUGUUUGGUCGUGUGGCAAGGGUUUACGUUGGACGAGAUAGAGAUACCGGUGCUGGUAAAGGCUUUGCCUUCGUCAGUUUCGAAGAACGAUCGGUGGCUCAGAAGGCGAUGGAGAAAGUCAAUGGAAAAGGUUAUGACAACUUAAUUUUGAGCGUACAGUGGAGUCAACCUCGGCCAGAGCCGAAGUAGACUCUCAACGCAAGUUAUCCGCCACACUCGUUACAUUGUACUGCUCACGGCAUUUGACUGUGCAGAAUCUCUGCUUGUGUUAGUAUAUCUAAGAGUAGGAAUACAUCCAAAACCUAUAUAAUUCAUGACCUUCCC